CGUCUCUUCUCUUCUAACUCCUUUCCCAAAAGGGUACUCAAAUCUCUUUUCUUUUUAAUUUCAUCCAUGGAUGCACUUCGUCAAGUGAAGAGAACCAAGAAGAACUCCAAGAGGAGCAAUUCCAAGAAAGAUUUGAAAGUCGUUUAUAUCUCGAGUCCCAUGAAGGUCAAGACGUGUGCCUCGCAAUUCCGAGCUUUGGUCCAAGAACUCACCGGUAAAGACUCCGACAUCGCCGACCGGUUCAUGGACAACUCUAACUACAUUGACACCACACCAGAGGAUUCUUCCGACACGACGAGGAUUACUGCCGAGGGUGAUGGUGUUAUUGGUCAGCUGCCCUUGCUUGAUUCCAACAAUGAUCAAUCAGUGUUUGGUCCAUUUGAUGAUGGAAUUAUGUCGGAAGGGAGUUUCUUGGGGAUGUUUACAUCAAAUUUGUUUCAUGACCAAUCGCAGUUUGCUGCUAUCAGAAGCUUUGGCUCGGUUUGAUUAAUUUCAAGCAUUUAGUUAUAUAAUUACAUGUAAUUAUUAUAUAGGCUAUGGCCUUUAAUUUAUAUAA